UCCAGCUGAUAGCCCGAGACCAUCCGCCAUGCAUGGAUUACAUUUUGCAUUUAACUCUGUGAAGCAGGCCGAUGGACGCCGGUGGUCAUUACACUCUCUGCCGUCAUCUGGCUAUGGCACCAACACACCAAGCUCAGCUGUAUCUUCCUCAUGUUCCAGUCAAGAACGCUUGAACCAAUUACCGUCGCAGCCAACCAUGGACGAUCUUAACCUGCUCUUUGAACACUUUGGCAGUCAACCAGAACCAGUACCAGAAGAAGAUGAGGGAAAGAUCAGACCUAGGUCUAGAAGUCUGAGCAAUCUACCCAGCUUCAGCAGUUUAAGGUGGCACCACCAUGCUCAAGCUUUAUACAACGCUAGCCCCAGUUCUUCCAGCAUGUGUUUAGAUUCUGAAGUACUUCUGAUGAACAGUCUUUACAAAGAUAGAUUUCCAAAGGCCAAACAACAGAUGGAAACUGAACUGAGGAAAUUCAUAGAGGAAUAUUCACAAGAGAAAGAGAGCCGGGAUGCAGUGUAUACAUUUCUCGUACAUCAGAUAAUUGAACAAGCCAGAAACUGCCUUGACAGGUCGCAGGAAGGUCACAUCUCGUCACUGUACUUCGUGGAAUUAACAGAGAAUUUGAAUAAGUUAAUAGAAGAGGCUACUCGUCGAUCCCAAAGUACUGCCAAAGCAUUUUCCAAAACCAUGCGCGAAUUAUUAAUAAUUAUUUCAAGGCCAGCCCGUUUGUUGGAAUGUCUUGAGUUUGAUCCCGAAAGGUUUUAUGAUUUCCUACAAGCAGCUGAAGGACACGCUAAGAAGGGUGUAACUGAUGAUGUCCCGCAAUACAUCAUCAAUCAACUUGGUCUUACAAAAGAUCCCUUAGAAAUGACAACAAGUCUGUGUUUACAAGAGAGGCUAAAUGGUGGUGGUGAAAGCAGUCCAGAACAGGAUGGUGACAAGAGAAGGAAUAGCCUACAAAUGCCAAGCGAAGAGGAUUUUGAAAAUUUGAAAAUCAUUAGUAACGGAGCCUAUGGGGCUGUGUAUCUAGUGAAACACAAGAGAUUACAACAGCGCUUUGCAAUGAAGAAAAUAUGCAAGCACAAUCUGUUGCUAAGGAACCAAGUGGAACAAGUGUUUGCCGAGCGGGACAUUCUUUCGUUUGCGGAGAAUCCGUUUGUGGUGGGGAUGUACUGCAGUUUUGAGACCAAGAAACAUUUAUGCCUUGUAAUGGAGUAUGUAGAAGGUGGUGACGUCGCCACGCUUAUUAAAAAUGUUGGUGUUUUACCAUUCGAUACUGCCAGGUUGUAUUUUGCGGAGGCAGUGCUGGCCAUAGAAUAUUUACAUAGUUAUGGUAUUGUACAUAGAGACAUCAAACCAGAUAAUCUCUUGAUAACCUCUACUGGACACAUCAAACUAACAGAUUUUGGAUUGUCUAGAAUGGGAAUUAUGAGCUUAACCACCAAUCUAUUUGAGGACUCCCUUGACAAAGAUACUGCACAGUUCAAAGACCAGCAGGUGUGUGGAACACCUCAGUACAUAGCUCCGGAAGUGAUACUACGACAGGGGUACGGCAAACCCGUGGACUGGUGGUCGAUGGGUGUCUGUCUCUAUGAGUUUCUGGUAGGAUGUCCGCCGUUUUUCGGAGACACGGCAGAGGAGCUUUUCCUACAAGCAGUCAAUGUUCAGUUAGAAUGGCCAGAAGAGGAAGAAAUGUUAUCUCAUGAAUCUGUUGACCUUAUAACCAAGCUGUUAAAUGAAGAGCCCAGGUGUCGGUUAGGUACAGGUGGCUCUCAUGAGGUUAAAGGUCAUGUAUUCUUUGAGGAUCUUGAUUGGACGUCACUGUUAAGACAGAAAGCUGAGUUCAUACCAGCUCUUGAUGGGGAAGAUGAUACAAGUUACUUUGACACACGAUCUGAUAGAUACAACCACACAUUAGAUUCAGAUGAUGAUGAUGAUGAAGAGUUUCCAGAGUACUCUCAUUUUUCUACCCUAUCGCCACGGUUCAGCAAGUCUUAUAGUAGCCUAUCACAGUCAUCAGACGAUUCUGAAAAGCGAGAGCGGGCGAAUUCGUGCAAUGAUACUGAUUUAGACGUGUCAUCAGACCUAAAGGAUGACUCAAUUGUGAAACGGGAUAAUUCUGCCCCAAAUUCACCAAAGCUAAGUAGCAUGCUACGUAGUUCAAAUACUGACUCUUCAACGAGCGAGACAACUGAAAAUUCUCCAAGAACUCGGCGUCGAUUGAUGCGAAAGCCAAGUCUUAAGGACAUUUUACCCAAGUUCUCCAUCUCGCUGGAGGAGGACAUGGUAGAAUGGCCUUGUGUAUCAACACCAAAAUCAGAUAGUCGAAGGUCUCGCUCUUCCGUCACCAAGUCUGCGUCCAUUAACACUCUUUCAUUAGUCAUUCCGCCUGAAGAUCUACAGAUUCCUUCCCCUCUAAAUUCACCAAUAGAGUCAAGUGUUAGCUCCCGUGAUGCUUCACCGUCCAGAGACUUCUCACCGGCCAUUGGACCGUUCAAACCACCAAUCAUUGUCCAGAAGCGAGGACGCAAGGAACGAUUAGGUUUUGAGCUUUCAGCCAUCCGUGUCUACCUUGGUGAUACCAAUGUGUACACAAUACAUCAUAUUGUAAAGCAUGUUGACAAGGACAGCGAUGUCUACAAGGCAGGUCUACAGAAAAAUGACCUUGUGACGCAUAUCAACAGCAAACCAGUCCAAGGUCUCCUUCAUACUGAAGUCAUUCAACUUAUAGCUGGGGCCACCAGUCAGCUAAGCAUCCGUGCUUUACCAAUUGAACAAACAACAAUUAAAAGUGGUGGUCGCAAGAGGAAUCCGUCCAUCAGCAAAAUGGCAAAGAGAAAGAAAAAGAAUCGAAGACGCGAUAUUCGGAGAAAUUCCAUUGUUAGGAGAUCAAGUCUGAAUCGGCGUAGUCUAGUCGAGGGAUCUCAUGUGCAUACGCCAUCACCUUUGACCGCCAGCAAAAGCAUUGGUUCGCUCCAUCGAAUAGCUGGAGAUGGAUUAGUGACUCGUUCCCCGACUUUGCUAAAGUCUCAACGUUCUCCGCCAAUAUUCAGUGCACUUAGCGAUGAUCACCGGACAUCUUCUACCAAUAGCUCACCAUGUUCUAGUGGACCAAAUUCGCCAGCAUCAUCACACUUUUCUUCCAGGCCAAGCAGUUUAUCAGGAUUACCUCUUAAACUUUCUCAAAGAACCAUUGGAAGCAGGGGACAUCGUCGAAAAUCUGUGGGACAUAUUCCAGUCUCUCCAUUGGCUAGGACUCCAAGUCCAUCACCUAUGCCAACAUCACCAGUAAGGAGUUCAAGUCCUCUUGCGAUUCACACACAUUCUCCUGGCAGUUCUAAUUUCACUCAAUCGUAUCCAAUACAGAAUUUAUCAUUUGCAUCGCCAAUGAAAGUAAAGAAAUUAAAUGCAAGAGGUCAUGAUACGCCACCUUCCCCUCUUCUGAGGAGAGCGCUUUCCCCUGACAGAGAAAAAUUGUCUUUGUCUGGAGAGUAUCUGGAACCGCAUGUCAGAAGCAAAUCAGAAUCAGGUUGUGAUUUCCUUCUUAGAAAGUCCUCCUUUGGAAAGCGUAGCAAACCAGAUUUCUUAAGAGCUCGUCUUGAAAGGGAUUGGGAAAGAAAAGAAGAUAAAGAAAAACGUAAGGCAGAAGCAAAGGAAAAGAAGGAGAAAAAAGAGGAAAGCAAAAUUGAAGACGUGAAAGAUGAAAAACCUGUAAAGCCUUCGAAAGCUGAAAAGAAAGCCAAAAAGGAUAAGGAUAAAACUGAUGAAUCUAGUAAAGAGGAAAAAUCCAAAGCAUCAAAAUCAGAACAAAAAGAAAAGAAAGAAAAAGAAAAGAAAGUUAAGGAGAAAAAAGACAAAGGUGAUAAGGAAAAGAAAGAAGGAGGAAAAGGUGAUAAAAAUGGCAAGAAAAGUGAGGAAGUUGAUAGCAGAGUAACAUGUCUUUAAAGCUAAAAAAGCAUGAAGUUGUUGGAUAGUGUAAAGUUUCUUGUAAUGUUAUCAAUGCCAUUUAAAUUUCAAAUUUUAAAAGUUGUUUGACAUGGCAAAAAAUAUCUCCUACCAACUUUGAAGCUUUUUUUUCCCAAAAUGGUGGAUUAUUUUUUCGCAUAUGUAAUACUGAUGCAUUGCAAAAUAAAUUGAUAAUUUGAAUCACUGCUAUAAAUUUAACUCAAUUUUGGAAAGCAGAAACAGUUUAGAAACAGAAUUAAGGUUUGUAAAGCAAAUAAAUUAAUUGGCUUUAAUGAGAUUGUCGAUGUGCUAUCAGAAUAUUGUUGACAAUUAGAAACCUAAAGGAAAAUGUUAACUUUCAAGAAAUUUAUAUAUAUAUAUAUAUAUAUAAUAGUAAUCUGGAAUAAAUAAUAAAACUUACUUUUCUAUCCAAAUUAGUAAUACUUAGAUAUUGAGGAAAAGCAGUUAGAUUUCUGUAUGACAAUCUGAAUAACAUGGAACCAUGGGGUUCAUACCCUUAAAUGUAUUAAAAUGGGGUUAUUGCAAAUAUUACUUAGAUGAGUAAUCAUCUUUAUCUUAUGACUCAAAUUAUGUUUACCAUCACUCUCUGACAAUGAACAUUUCAGCUUAAAGAGGAAACAUGUUUACAUGUCCAGUAAUGAGUAAUAAGCAAUAAUGACUUUGAUAUCAGUAAUUGUGUAUUGUAUUCAUGGUCAUUACAGUAUAUAUUAUACUAUAUACCGCAGUGUGCAUUUUUCACAGAAAAUUUAUUCCAAAAAUAAUUUAAGAUAUACUGCCUUUGUAUAUUAAGGUCAUAGAGAACAGUUAAACUUUCCAGGUGGCCAUAGCAGCCAGGUGGCCAAAGAGGCCAGGUGGCCAAAGAAGACAGGUGGCUAUAGAAGUCAUGUGAUAAGAUAAGCAAGUCAGAGUUGGUUAAGGAGUCUAAGUGGUAAAAUUGUAUGUUACAUACAAUUGGGUUGCUAACAGGUUUUUUGGUGAAAAUCAGCUUUGAGAUUAGAAGUAAUCUGUCAUUGGGUUUGGUUUUAUGGGGCAGUGUGCAUAUUGAUUGUCAUCAGUUUUUGAUAAAAUAUGUAGCAUUUCUAGAGUUGGUCUUAAUGCUUUGAUACAUAGAUUUACAAAAGCCUAAACAUUUCUUGUAAUGGAUAUUGGCACUAUAAAAUUUCCUUUAUUGAUUGAUUAAUUGAAUUGAAAGUUCUGCUGGAAUGGAAAUUUUAUGAAUUUUCUAGAAAUUACUUGCUUUAUAGAUGAUUGGAUUAAGUAAAAUUGAAGAACACUAUUUGUUCUUUGAAAAUCACAGGUUGCAUUGAUUAUGAGAUAUUUCACUAAACCAAUUCAAUUCUAUUAAAUUCAUAUCAAAUUUUUAUUGUAGCUAAUCUCUAAAAAUCUUACUGGAUUAUAUUGCCACAUUUAUAGUGGCGGAUGAGAAAUUGCUGACAAUAUGUUAUAUGCAGUUGUAUUUGAAAUACAGUAGUUAUUAAUUUUUUUUUAGUUUAAAACGAAAUGUUUAUUCUUUUUUCGAAGUUAGUUUUUUUUUUUGUUGUUGAUAGGUUUGAUUAAUAGAAUUUAAAGAAAAGACAUGAUAUAAUUUUAUACCUGUGGAAAAGGAAAACCCACAUCAGUUGCUUUAUAUUCAUUUUUAUCUAUGACAUUAAUUUACAGAAUGAAUUGACAAUUUUGGUAAUUUUUGACGUAGUUCCAGACUUGAAAUAUUGUUCAUUCGACAUUGUUAAAUGCUAUGAAUGGUUAGUAAUGAACGAAUUGUAAAAUGUAACCAGAUUUGAAAAAAAAAAACUUUUUGUCAGAAUUUCAUGGACAUUAUUUUGAAAAUGUAGUGUUGGUAAACCAAGUUGUUUACAUAUGGUCUUGUUGGACAUACAACUGAUUAGCAAUCUUUGGAAGCUUUUGUUUUUUUUUUUUUUAAUUUGAUUUGCUUGACAUAAAUAUUAUUAAUCAUAACCUUGCUAAUUUAUAUACAAUUUUGAUAAAAUCAAUACAGUUUUAAAAAAAUAAUAUUUGGUAAAAAAAAAAUGACAAGUUAUACAAUUUCUACUUGAGUCUGAUUGGAUCGUAAAUCGGUCCAUUUAUUUGGCAGAUUAGGCCAAAAGAAAUGAUUGAGUUAGCCCAGCACAGCGACAAUGGACUUUUCCUUCAAAUCCCGCCCUUUAGAUAUAUUUGCUAAGAAAACAAUAGCAUAAAUGUAUGUAAACAUGUGCGUCUGUGAGACAACACCUGUGUGUUUUUCCAGACACGCGCCUAUUCCUAGCAUGCACAGUCCUGAUUGGUCAGUCCUUCAGUUUGAUUAAUAUUCCAGAAUGGUCCAUUGAAAUUGGUUUCAACUAGUAUAAUUGUGGACACUUGUCUAAAACCCAAGGUAAAAAAGCAUCAAUUCCUCGGGGGAAAAAUAUAGUUUUGCCGAAAAACACCCGGCUAUCUAGAUUUUUGGUUAGUCAUGGCAUCACAAACACUUUUUUUUUUGCCUUAUUAUGAAUAUUUGGAGAAAUAUAAUUACAUUCAUAAGAUGUUGAUGUUGAUUAAUAGCCUUGAUAUUCAAAAAUGAAUUUUCAAGGUUUUUAUCAUGUGAGGGUGAUAGUAGAAUGCACAACCGCGUAUCCCAUUUAGCGAUUGGUUUACGCAUUGCACACGAUAAGUCUACAUUAGUCACACAUUCGCUUAGUGGAAACAUUCCAAAUGUAAAUAGAUGUAAAGAAAUUGAGAAAAAAAACGUAUGUAAAUUUAAAUGCUAUUGUAUUCUGUACUAGAUGUGUAAAUAAUGUAUGUUAUGUUCCCUUCCUCUGUAAAAAAUUAAAAGUGUUAUUAAUGUGUGUGUGUGGAAUUGCCGCCGAGACGUAACUUUAUCAUGGAGAGGUAAUUCCGAUAAUGCGUUGAGUUGCAGUGCUAACAUUAUGUACUCUUCUUGCUUACAAAAAUAACUAUAUUGUAGGAUUAAAGCAGUGCAUGUUGGUGGUGUGAUGAAAA